UGUAUGCUCAGCGUACUCAGGAAAAAGGCCCUGGCACUCGGAAUCAGGUGCAAAACAACAUCCACCAACAUGGCAUGGUACUGUUCCGGCUCCACCAACACUGAGCUGAUUGAGAACCUAUUCAAGGCCGAGUUAAUUCAGAAUGAGCGGGUAAAGAAAGCCAUGUUGGGAGUUGAUCGAGCUCACUAUGCUCCAUCUCGGCCAUACUCGGACUCGCCCCAGCCCAUCGGGCAUGGAGCUACCAUUUCAGCACCACACAUGCAUGGCCAUGCAUGCGAGUACCUCAUUGAUUACCUGAAGCCUGGCUUCCGAGUGUUAGACAUCGGAUCUGGCUCAGGGUACUUGACCCAUGUUCUCGCCAACCUGGUGACCGACCCAUCCGGCAAUGAAGCCCCAGGACAUGUCAUUGGAAUCGAUCACAUCCCCGAGCUGACAGACCUGGCCCGCGAUAAUAUGAAUAAGUCUGACGAAGGCCGUGAGUUGCAGGCCUCCAACAAGGUUGAGUUUAUCACCGCCGACGGACGUCUCGGGUGGAAACAGGGUGCUCCAUACGAUGCAAUUCAUGUCGGGGCCGCGGCCGAGAAACUUCAUCCAACCCUAGUGGACCAGCUACGUGCCCCUGGACGAAUGUUCAUUCCCGUGGAGUCCGAACACGAUGGAAGUGUUCGGGGAAGUCUGACUGGCGGCCAAUACAUCUGGGUGGUAGAUAAACAGGAGGACGGAUCCGUUCACCAAAAAAAGGUCUUUCAAGUUAGCUACGUGCCCUUGACCAAUGCGCCAGCACGUUGA